GGGGCGGAACCAAGGGGUGGUGCUCAGGAGUGGGUAGGGGGCGGAACCAAGGGGUGGUGUUCGGAGGUGGGUAGGGGGCAGAACCAAGGGGUGGUGUUCGGAGGUAGAACCAAGGGGUGGUGUUCGGAGGUGGGUAGGGGGCAGAACCAAGGGGUGGUGCUCGGAGGUGGGUAGGGGGCAGAACCAAGGGGUGGUGUUCGGAGGUGGGUAGGGGGCAGAACCAAGGGGUGGUGUUCGGAGGUGGGUAGGGGG